ACCUCCGAGCGUUGUCAGUAGCCGUGCCGGAUUGAUCCGCCAGUCAUCAUGGCCGGGAAACUCAAAAAGAUUGCCGAUGAGGAUCGCGAGGGCAUGUUUGGCUACGUCCACGCUGUGUCCGGACCUGUGGUCACGGCCGAGAAGAUGUCCGGCUCGGCUAUGUACGAGUUGGUCCGUGUGGGCUAUUACGAGCUCGUGGGCGAGAUUAUUCGUCUGGAGGGCGAUUUCGCCACCAUUCAGGUGUACGAGGAGACGUCGGGCGUGACGGUGGGCGAUCCCGUGUUGCGUACGGGUAAGCCCUUAUCCGUGCAAUUGGGACCCGGGAUUAUGAAUGCCAUUUUCGAUGGUAUCCAACGCCCUUUGAAGGACAUCAACGAGAUGACCGAGUCGAUCUACAUUCCCAAAGGUAUCAACACCAACGCGCUUAGCAUCACGCAAGAGUGGGACUUUCAGCCCCAGAACAUCAAAAUGGGCGCCCACAUCACCGGUGGCGAUAUCUACGGCCUGGUCCAAGAGAACACGCUCAUCAAGCACAAGAUGUUGCUCCCGCCCAAGGCCAAGGGCACCGUGACCUACAUCGCCCCACCCGGCCACUACACCGUGCGCGACAAGGUGUUGGAAACUGAGUUCGACGGUCAAAAAACAGAGUACACGCUCAUGCAAGUCUGGCCCGUGCGUCAGCCCCGACCCGUGACCGAGAAGCUCCCGGCCAAUCAUCCGUUGCUCACGGGCCAACGCGUGUUGGAUGGACUUUUCCCGGCCGUCCAAGGCGGCACCACCGCCAUCCCCGGCGCCUUUGGCUGCGGCAAGACCGUGAUCUCGCAGUCUUUGAGUAAGUACUCCAAUUCGGAUGUGAUUAUCUACGUGGGUUGCGGCGAGCGCGGCAAUGAGAUGUCCGAAGUGUUGCGGGAUUUCCCCGAGCUCACCGUCGAGAUCGAUGGCAAGACUGAAUCCAUCAUGAAGCGGACCUCGUUGGUGGCCAACACUUCCAACAUGCCCGUGGCGGCGCGUGAAGCUUCCAUCUACACUGGGAUCACACUCUCCGAGUACUUCCGGGACAUGGGCUACAACGUGUCUAUGAUGGCGGAUUCGACCUCUCGCUGGGCCGAGGCAUUACGUGAGAUCUCAGGUCGUUUGGCCGAGAUGCCGGCUGAUUCAGGCUAUCCGGCCUACUUGGGCGCUCGACUGGCCUCCUUCUACGAGCGCGCCGGUCGAGUCAAGUGCUUGGGCAAUCCGGAACGCGAGGGCUCGGUCAGCAUUGUCGGCGCCGUCUCGCCCCCUGGGGGUGACUUCUCGGAUCCCGUCACUUCCGCCACUCUGGGUAUCGUGCAAGUGUUCUGGGGAUUGGACAAGAAACUGGCUCAGCGCAAGCAUUUCCCUUCGGUCAAUUGGCUGAUCUCGUAUUCCAAGUACACUCGAGCUUUGGAUGAUUACUAUGAGAAGAACUUUCCCGACUUUGUGGCUCUCAGAACCAAGGUGAAUGAGAUCCUUCAAGAGGAGGAGGACUUGUCAGAGAUCGUGCAAUUAGUCGGCAAGGCUUCCCUGGCUGAAACCGACAAGAUCACGCUUGAAGUGGCCAAGCUCUUGAAAGACGACUUUUUGCAACAGAACGGGUAUUCACCCUACGAUCGUUACUGCCCAUUCUACAAGACCGUGGGCAUGCUGCGCAAUAUCGUAGGCUUCUACGACCUGGCUCGGCAUUCGGUCGAGAGCACGGCUCAAUCCGAGCACAAGAUCACGUGGAAUGUGAUUCGUGAAGCUUUGGGCAAUGUCUUGUACCAGCUCUCAUCCAUGAAGUUUAAAGACCCGUUCAAGGAAGGCGAGGCCAAGAUUCGCGCCGAUUACGACGAGCUCUACGAGAGCAUGCAAACGGCCUUCCGUAAUCUGGAAGAUUAGAAGUAACACACUUCCCCUUUCGCUUAACUUUCUUUUCACCCCCAGCGGGUUGGAAAAAGGGUAAUUGAACGACGGAAAUAUUGAUUCGCCAUCAAGAUCUUCAGGAACCCAUGUUAUUUGACUUUAUGAUUCCCGAAUGCAACAAACUCUUUCAAGGUUUCCCCGCUCGUGUGCGUGGAAGUCGGUUCGAUUGAUGUAUUUAUUAACAUUAUGAUCUUUUUUUUUACCAUUAGUUUUUUAUUCUUUCGUGUUGAUCUUUUCUCAUAAAAUAAACAAUGGAAAAGAG